AUGGCUGUUCACUCCAAAGAUGAGGCCUUGAUGUGUAAGGUCUUUCCAUCUAGCUUGGGCCCGGUGGCAAUGAGGUGGUUCAACGGUUUGAGGGGGAAUUUUAUCGAUUCCUUCAAAAAACUCACCCGAGCUUUUGGUGCUCGAUUUAUUACUUGUAGUAGGAUUCCUCGGCCUUUGGGGUCCUUAUUGUUUAUGUCCAUGCGGGAGGGUGAGACUCUGAAGGAUUAUUCAGAUAGAUACUUGGAGAUGUUUAAUGAAAUAGAAGGAAAGUACGAUGAUGUGGCAAUUAGCACUUUCAAGGCUGAUCAUCCAGCCGAGCAUGAUUUGAGGAAAUCUCUAACUGGUAAACCUAUUACUAGUGUACGUCAAUUGAUGGAUCGGAUUGACAAGUACACAAAAGUAGAAGAAGACCAACUACAGGGGAAAAGAAAGGCUGAGGUGAUCUCUCAAGAGAGAAGGGAUUUCAGGUCGAACCGGUACAAUAAUAACCGACCUCGGAAAGACUUUGUAGGGCAGUCAGGAUCUUCCAACACCCAGGCGGUUAACGCUGUGUUUUGA